AUGUCGUUCACAAUUAAUGGAAGUUCAAUAGCGAAUAAUUCUUAUUGCCCAGCUAUAUUUUUUCAUAUUUGUUGGCCUCAAACUCUUGCGGGUCAAUCGGCGAAUGUUUCAUGUGCUGCACUGUUACAGGAAGGUGUUGAUACGACAAAAUUUGUUACUCGACAUUGUCUUCCAUCUGGUAAUUGGUCAAAUAUUAAUUUUAAGCAGUGCUUCUAUCCGGAUGUUUGGGCUUUACUUGUCAAAUCUUUUCUUGUUCGGCCACAAAGCGAAAGAGAGAUCUUUCCAAAAUUGGUUCGAUUUGCUCGUUAUGGUGAACUCGGUGGUUUAUCACUUUCGUUAACUAGCGUUCUUAUCUCAUUAUUCAUCUUUUUCACCUUCAGGACAUUGUACUGCGAGCGAACAAAGAUCCAUGUCAAUCUUUUAUUAGCCAUUCUCAUCCAAACCAUUGCUCGAUUAAGUGCCUACGCAUUUCAAAUGGUUUCGCAAAAUGCAUCCGGUGAAUGUAGUGUUGAUAAUCAUCUCCAUUCGUCACUUGGAAGAAGUUUACUCAGUGUUCUUUGUCCUUCGAUUACCGUACUUCUACAAUUUGGUAAAACCGCGAUGUUUAUGUGGAUGUUGUGCGAAGGAAUUCAACUUAAUAAUGUUUUAACCGUUGGAGUUUUUAAAAAUUAUUUUAAAACACUUUAUUUUCAUCUACUUGGUUGGUUUCUCCCAUUUUGUAUAACAUUGAGUUGGACUAUUGUUAUGGUGAUUAAACAACGUGAACGACGAUGUUUUUAUAAUUACAAUCAUCUGAUCUAUUAUUGGAUCAUCGAUGGACCACGUUAUGCUGUUAUGAUUAUAAAUAUUAUCUUUUUAUUGAAUAUUCUUCGAGUUUUAAUGGUGAAAAUGAAAGAAGGUUCAGAAAAACAAGUUCGAGAAGAGCAAUAUAAUACCCACCGAAAUAAUGUUGUGUCACGCAUAAAACAUUUCACACAUCGUCGACGUCGAGCGUCUAUGAAUGCAAAAUUCGUCCGACAAACGGUGAAAGCUGCUAUUUUUCUGUUGCCUUUAUUAGGCAUUACACAUGUUUUGGAAACAUUCGUUUCAGCUUAUGAUAAACCAAUCACAAUAUUUGCGAUUUAUUGUUGUGUGAAUGUAAUCUUAGUUGCUCCACAAGGUUUCUAUUGUGCAUUGUUCUACUGUUUUCUCAAUGCUGAGGUUCAAGAAACGUUAAAACGACGUUUUCAAACGACACAACUUUGGCAUCGUUGGAAAAAAUACUCAGGCGAUAAAAACUCAUAUCCAAAUGGAACACCCAAGAAAGAGAAUCAAUCCUGUUUAGAUUUAAAACCCUUAGAUUCGAAAUCAAUCAAAAACGAUGAGUUACUCAAGAGUGAACAACAUCCGUUGACAUCUACGAUUGACGAAAUUCAAUGA